UUGCGUCGUCUCAUCCAUUUAGUGAGGUAUAAGUCCACACAAACGACCACAAAUCGGAAAGGAAAACCAGGCGAGAUGAGCACCCGCGACCUCCUCUUCUCCGGUCUCGACCUCGUCAAGCAACAGGCGAGCGCCGUGGCCUCCACCGUCUCGCUGGCCAAGCCGUACCUCCCCUCAAAGCUAACCGAGAUGAACACGGGUGGCAUCGUCGCGGGUCUCGGCUACGUCAAGAACCAUACAGGAGCGGCCAUGGCCUCCACAGUCUCGUUGGCCAAGCCGUACCUUCCCGCAAAGCUAACCGAGAUGAGCACAGGCGACAUCGUCACCGGUCUCGGCUACGUCAAGAACCAUACAGGAGCGGCCAUGGCCUCCACCAUCUCGUUGGCCAAACCGUACCUGCCUGCAAAGCUCUCCACGCGCGACGGUGCCGUGGGGACCGCGGCGAUGGUCAUCGGGGGCGCCGUGGGCGCCUACUUUCUCUGGCCUGCUGCAGCCGCCCCAGCCGCCGCCGGCGCCAUGAUGAAGGCGCCUGGUGCCGCCGGCUUCCUGAUUUCCCGCACGGCGUUUGUGGCCAACCCGCAGGUCUACUACCAGAUCCUCCGCACCGCUGGGGCCGCGGCGGCCGCCGCCGCAUUCGUGUAGGGAAGCAAGCAAGCAAGCGCGCCCCUUCGACCCGUCCCGUUUGCUUUGUUUCGUGUACUGUGUUAAAUUAAGUGUGGUUCGACUAUCUAUGGUGAUUCAUUCCAUCUAGUACCGUAUACUCCUCGCCGUGGGAGCGAGAGAAGAUGGGGUGAUAAUAAGCGCUGCCUCCUACUCCUAUUUUCCAAUGUUCUAGUCAUUGUGUUCUGUUUGCGAUAUUAUAUAUGGUGUUUUGAAGCAA